CGGAGGAGGAUGCCGACGCCGCCCGAGCCGGACAGAGCGGGGAAUUCGUUCUCGGGAGUUGUGGAUUUGCCAGCGCCGAGCCCCAGCGCCGGGCUCCGGGCAGCCGCGCCGGCCUUCCCCGCCGCCCGCUGACCCCUCUCGCCCCGCCGAGUUGGGUGCGCGGCGUCCCCGAUGCGCCGCGGAGGGCUGGGGAGCAGCGGCGCCCGGCUCCCCGCUCGGCUUCCCGCAGUUCGGGGAGGCGAGGAGCAGCGGCCACGGGCUGUUGGGAAGUCAGAGCUUGAACGUGAUGCAGCCGGCAAGCUUCCUUUUGCAAAGACGCUGUUGGCGCUCCUUUGUGGACAUCUUGGAACCUUAAAACCUUGAGAAGGAUCUAUAAACACAUUAUCAUGGACCUGAGGGAUUUUUACCUGUUGGCUGCUCUGAUUGCCUGUUUGCGGCUGGAUUCUGCUGUGGCUCAAGAACUUAUUUACACGAUCCGGGAGGAACUGCCUGAGAAUGUCCCCAUUGGGAACAUACCAAAGGAUCUGAAUAUUUCUCACAUCAAUGCUGCCACAGGAACCAGCACUAGUCUCGUCUACAGGCUGGUCUCCAAAGCAGGGGAUGCCCCUCUGGUGAAGGUGUCCAGUACCACGGGGGAGAUCUUCACCACCUCCAACCGAAUCGACAGGGAGAGACUCUGUGCCGGUGCUGCUUAUGCGGAAGAAAGCGAGUGCUUCUUCGAGCUGGAGGUGGUGAUCCUCCCCAACGACUUUUUCCGGCUGAUCAAGAUCAAAAUCAUUGUGAAGGACACCAAUGACAACGCCCCGAUGUUCCCAUCCCCCGUCAUCAACAUCUCCAUCCCUGAAAACACGCUGAUCAACAGCCGCUUCCCCAUCCCUUCAGCGACAGACCCCGACACUGGUUUCAACGGAGUGCAGCACUACGAACUUCUGAACGGGCAAAGUGUCUUUGGGCUGGAUAUUGUGGAAACUCCGGAAGGGGAGAAGUGGCCUCAGCUGAUUGUGCAGCAGAACCUGGACCGGGAGCAGAAAGAUACCUAUGUGAUGAAGAUCAAGGUGGAGGAUGGAGGAACCCCCCAGAAAUCCAGCACGGCCAUCCUCCAGGUUACCGUAAGUGACGUCAAUGACAACAGGCCGGUUUUUAAAGAGGGCCAGGUGGAAGUCCACAUACCUGAGAAUGCCCCGGUAGGGACCUCAGUCAUCCAGCUCCACGCCACAGAUGCAGAUGUAGGAAGCAAUGCGGAAAUCAGAUACAUCUUUGGGGCCCAGGUUGCUCCUGCAACCAAGCGGCUCUUUGCUUUAAACAACACCACUGGGCUAAUUACGGUUCAGAGGGCCUUAGAUCGAGAGGAAACUGCCAUCCACAAGGUGACAGUCCUGGCCAGCGAUGGUAGCUCAACGCCUGCCCGGGCAACCAUCACCAUCAACGUGACUGAUGUCAAUGACAACCCCCCUAACAUAGACCUCAGGUACAUCAUAAGCCCCAUCAAUGGCACGGUGUACUUAUCUGAGAAAGACCCUGUCAAUACCAAGAUUGCCCUGAUUACCGUCUCAGAUAAGGACACUGACGUGAAUGGCAAAGUGAUCUGUUUCAUUGAAAGAGAGGUGCCGUUUCACUUGAAGGCUGUUUAUGACAACCAGUACUUGUUAGAGACCUCUUCCUUGCUGGACUAUGAGGGCACCAAAGAAUUCAGCUUUAAAAUAGUUGCCUCUGACUCGGGCAAGCCCAGCUUGAACCAGACAGCCCUGGUAAGAGUCAAAUUGGAGGAUGAGAAUGACAACCCUCCCAUCUUCAGCCAGCCUGUCAUUGAGCUGUCGGUUUCUGAAAACAACCGGCGGGGUCUGUACUUAACCACUAUUAGUGCCACUGAUGAGGACAGUGGCAAGAACGCAGACAUCGUUUAUCAGCUCGGCCCCAACGCCUCCUUUUUUGAUCUGGAUCGUAAGACGGGGGUUUUGACAGCAUCCCGGGUGUUUGACCGAGAAGAGCAGGAGAGAUUCAUUUUUACCAUCACGGCCAGAGACAAUGGGACCCCUCCCUUGCAGAGUCAGGCGGCUGUGAUUGUUACGGUGCUAGAUGAGAAUGACAACAGUCCCAAAUUCACACACAACCAUUUUCAGUUCUUUGUGUCUGAAAACCUACCAAAGUAUAGUACUGUAGGAGUGAUCACAGUGACCGAUGCAGACGCGGGUGAGAAUAAGGCUGUAUCCCUCUCCAUCUUGAAUGACAACGAGAACUUUGUUCUAGACCCUUACUCUGGAGUUAUAAAGUCAAACGUGUCUUUUGACCGCGAGCAGCAAAGCUCCUACACCUUUGAUGUCAAGGCGAUUGAUGGAGGACAGCCACCCUGUUCUUCGACCGCUAAGGUCACCAUCAAUGUCAUGGAUGUUAAUGACAACAGCCCGGUGGUCAUCUACCCCCCCUCCAAUACAUCUUUUAAGCUGGUACCUCUCUCAGCGAUCCCUGGGUCUGUGGUAGCAGAAGUGUUUGCGGUUGACAUUGACACGGGAAUGAACGCUGAACUGAAAUACACAAUAGUCAGCGGAAACAACAAAGGCUUGUUCCGUAUUGACCCUGUGACGGGUAACAUCACCCUGGAAGAGAAACCAAUUCCGACCGAUGUGGGGUUGCAUCGGUUGGUGGUCAACAUUAGCGAUCUGGGCUAUCCUAAAUCCUUGCACACCCUUGUCCUUGUGUUUCUGUACGUCAACGACACCGCGGGGAACGCCUCUCAUAUCUAUGACCUGAUCCGCAGGACUAUGGAAACCCCCUUGGAUAGGAAUAUUGGGGACAGCAGCCAGCCCUACCAAAAUGAGGACUACCUUACCAUCAUGAUUGCUAUUGUGGCAGGGGCCAUGGUGGUCAUCGUGGUCAUCUUUGUCACCGUUCUGGUCCGCUGCCGCCAUGCCUCCAGGUUCAAGGCUGCCCAGAGGAGCAAGCAAGGGGCCGAGUGGAUGUCCCCCAACCAGGAGAACAAGCAGAACAAGAAGAAGAAGCGGAAGAAAAGGAAGUCUCCUAAGAGUUCCUUGUUGAAUUUUGUGACCAUUGAGGAGUCCAAACCUGAGGAUGCUGUUCACGAGCCGAUCAACGGGACCAUUAGCCUCCCAGCUGAGCUGGAGGAACAGAGCAUAGGAAGGUUUGACUGGGGCACUGCGCCACCCACCACCUUUAAGCCCAGCAGCCCCGAUCUCGCCAAGCAUUACAAAUCUGCCUCCCCACAGUCGGCCUUCCAUCUUAAGCCCGACACUCCCGUCUCGGUGAAGAAGCAUCACGUGAUUCAGGAGCUCCCUUUGGACAACACCUUUGUUGGGGGGUGCGACACCCUCUCCAAACGCUCUUCCACUAGUUCAGAUCACUUCAGUGCCUCAGAGUGCAGUUCCCAAGGAGGCUUCAAGACAAAGGGCCCCUUACACACCAGACAGUCUCAGCGUCGUGUUACGUUUCAUCUCCCUGAUGGUUCGCAGGAAAGCUGCAGUGACAGUGGCCUGGGAGAUCAUGAGCCUGUGGGUAGUGGAAUGCUGGUCUCACACCCUCUCCCUCUGGUUCAGCCGCAGGGCGAAUUCUACGACCAGGCCUCCCCGGACAAGAGGACCGAAGCAGAUGGCAACUCAGAUCCCAACUCUGAUGGCCCUCUUGGCCCUCGGGGACUGGCAGAAGCUACAGAAAUGUGUACCCAAGAAUGUCUUGUCCUGGGUCAUUCAGACAACUGUUGGAUGCCUCCCACCUUGGGUUCAUACCAGCAGCCCAAAUCUCCACUCUCCACCUUUGCACCUCAGAAGGAAUGGGUUAAGAAAGACAAACUGGUGAAUGGACAUACGUUGACGAGGACCUGGAAAGAAGAUAGCAACAGAAACCAGUUCAGUGACCGGAAGCAAUUUGGCUCCGGGGAAGGGCAUUUCAACCCUGGCAAUCACAUGACAGACAUUCCUUUGGCUAACUUAAAGUCCUAUAAACAUGCAACAGGAGCCAUGGAGAGUCCAAAGGAAAACCAGCUAUAAGGAACGGUUUCUUUGGAACAGGGACUUUAGCCUAGUUAGACUUGCUAAUACUGUGUGUGUGUGUGUCAGAGCUUUAUGUACUGGGUAGACCUCUAGAACUAUGCGUCACAUAGCUGAGAUAUGCAUAACUGUGGGAUAGCUCCACUGAACUACAAUACAACAGCAUUUCUACUAGUUGUGUGGUUUUGUUACAUAGACAUAACCAAACUCUUACAGAGAUUCUCUCCAGUCAGCAAAUAACCUGAUUUUUUUUUUCUUUUUCAAUUUAUUGGGGAUAAGGGGUGGGGCUGUUAAUUAGGUUUUUUUAAAAAGAUAUUUUUUAUUUUUACCCUGGACUGCUGCUGUAAACAGUAGAGAAGUAUAUUGGAGGAAUGAAAGA